AUGAAAGUUGUAACAGAGAAUUUUUUGAUACCUGCAGUUAUCUCAAUAAAAAGAAAACAAAAAAAAGAACACACCGUUUCUUUUUUAAAGUUCAACAUCAACAUCGACGUUUGUUUUAAAGUCUACAGCGAGAAAAAUAUUACAGAAGCGAACCUUCCUCACGAGAGGAGCAUCACUUCAUAUUCUGAAUAUUUUAUAAAUGUUGUGAAGAACGAGAUUUUCAUCAGAAAACGCGGAAAAUUUCUCACCCCAGAAUAUCUCAUAUAG